CGUAUCGUUUUGUAAAGGCGGUGUAUUCUAAGUAAGCUGCAGCAUCUCUUACUAUUUACAAAGAUUUUUUUUUUUAGUUUGUCUGUCUUUUUUUUUUAAUAAUGAAAAGUACAGUUCCGCGGUCAACUUUGAAAGCUACAAUGAAAAAAAUGAAUCUGAAAAGUCGACUUAGUGCGAACAGUGAUCUUUUGGUACAUCUGAGUCUGCUUUUGUUUCUUCGGCGUUUAGCUGAAGAAUCCAGGACAAAAGCUUUUGAGUGUAGAAGUCUAACCAUCAAAGAGGAACAUGUCAAGGCAGUAGCAAAGACUGUUUUGAAGAAGAGCAGAGGUUGAAAAAAGGAAACUGUUGCAUCUGCCAAGCUUUUCUAAGUCUUUGCUUAAAACCAUUAAAAACCUCAAUUUAGUACAUAUUAGGAAGUGUAAAACAAUCAAAGCAUAUAGCUAAUACCUGUUACAUGAAUAUGUUUAAACAAAAAUGUUAAAAAUACUGAAGCAUAUGCCUUGGUGCCUUUUUAUUGUUUUAUUUAUUGUAAAGCAUGCCAUGUUUUUAGAAAAUUGUUUUCUGUCUUUAAUGGAUUAUUCUGUUUCAUAGAAACAAAAAUGCUUAAUAAAGUUGCAUUUUCUUUUGA